AUGGAAAAAAUAGAACGUUAUGAUAGAAAGAGUUCUAUUUCAAUUAGAAGAGAAAGGGUAGAUACAUUUAAUGAAAUUCUUAGAAAUAUAAAAUCUUCUAUUGGAAACAGCACACAUCAAAACCUGGCAAUUGAGCAAUUGAGUAUGUGCAGCUUUUUUAGCAGCCAAAGUAAGCAUUCUAGAUUAGAUUAGAUUAGAUUAGAUUAGAUUAAGCGAUAGGUAUUUUAAGUCCCUGCUUCCAGAGAUUUAUAUAUCCUGCGCAGGUGGCCCAAGCAAAUUGGGUGGACUUCCACUGGUACCUCUGAGCCCAGGCCGAAACCCCUGAUUUCUCGGUAGUGGUCGCCCUGUUGGGUCCCGAAGCCCGUCGUUAGGCACCACCAUUUCCAACUCAGUCCCUUUGGCCCAUAUUACGCCACUCCUGCCUCGUACUCCUGACCAGAUCGCCCCGUACGGGGCCCUUUUCGACUGGAGAGACUACCUUACAUUUGCUGUCUAGUCCACCUCCCCUCUUCCCAGGUCAUCCCUUAGGAGGAACUCAGCCACUUCUGAGAUUUGCGGCGGACCCACACAGUAGCAGCUUGAGCAAGUAUGUCGCCUAUAGGGCUUUCCCUUGAAUAGCCCGAUAACGGGAUGAAGCCAGCCCGUUAUCGGGCUAUUCAAGGGAAAGCCCUAUACUCCAUCUCAGGGACCCACUGGCUUAAGUGCUGCUGGAAAAAAAAUAAAUCGACGGAAAUUCCCAUGGAUCGGGCCACGGCCAGCGGGUCUGUGAUUAUGCCCAUCGCUACUAGGAUCCCGAUGUUGCUGGGCCAUCCUCUUCCCCAAAAGCCUUGCCUGGAUAUACACGGGUUACCGUCACUGAGAGGACUGAUCGGUCGUCAUACGCCAUUUUAUGUAUAUAAGGUAAGCAUUCUAAAGCGCUAAAUUAUGCAAAACAAGCUAUAGCCGAACUAGUUUCUUCUCAGCAAAAAGUAAGUGAAAAAUUACUUACUUUAGCCUGGUAUAUGAGAGGAAUUGAAGAGGAUGCUUUAGGGAAAAAACCAGUUGCCCUUGAAGUUUUCAACAGAGCUCUCCAACUGAGCAAAAAUCUGAAAAACUCCAAAAAUCUGGCUAAUAUGAUAUCUGAUGCUUAUGAAAGGAUUUUGAGCGAUUUAAAGAAAGAAAAGCCAGUUUCCAAACAGAUUCUGUCUAAUAGACGAGGAAGCCAAACUCAUUUCAGAACAGCUACAGAUGGGAAUAUUCAGUACCAUGAUUUAUUCAAAACUAACGACAAUAAACUAGAAGCCUCUCCUUCGCAGGCAUCCACUAUGAAGCGUGGAAGCACUUUUUUUAAAACUCAAGAAGCGAAAAAUUCAAAUACAGAUUCAAAAAAUGCCUUAUCCCCUAAAGAAACUCAAUUAUUCAGCAGAAAAUCUAGCUUAAAAAAUUUAGUUUUUGAUUUGCAUUCAAAUUCCCUUAAGGAUAUAGUCAGCUUAUUGGCAACUGACUCUCCCAAAAAAUCUGCAAGAGGCUCUAUUUUUUCAACAUCCAGUGGGACAACUCUUGCAAAUAACAAAAAGUUUCAUAAGCACAGGAAUAGCGAAGUAGAACAUACUUUUUCUGAGCUCUCCAAUAUGAGUGGAGGGACUGUACAAUUUGAUGAGCUCAAAUCUUUUUUAUCAAAUAUGCAGUUCCCAGUAUUCAAAAGGUCAGGAACUGCAAUUUCCAAUAUAAGCAAGCACGAUUUCCAGUCAAAAAUGCACAAUGAUGACUCACCUAUUUCAGAAAGCAUCAGCAAAACUAUAGAAAGUCCUUCUACAGCGAGCCCAAACAGAACCCAUAAGCCUAUCAUUUUUUCAGCGAUUUCUGCUUGUAUUAAAAUCCAAUCAUUAUACCGAAUGUGAAAGGAAAAAUCUGUAUUUAAAUUAAGAGCCAAAAAUAAAAGCAGAGGUUUGAUUUACAAGCAUGCUAGGAAAAUUGGGAAAGAAAUCUAUAUGAUUUCUAUAAGAAAAACUGACUCUAAAUUGAUUUUUAAGUCAUGGGGAGGAAGCAGAAAGCAAGAAUAUGAAGUUGUAGUCCCUUUUACCAACCCGAAUAUUGAGGAUCUUUUGAAUUUAAUUGAAAUUGAUGAAGACUCUGGAAUGACCAUUAAAGGGGUCAAAACCAUUCUGGCACCAAAUUUUGAUAGGAUUUCAUCUAUGAUGAAAGUUAUUAAUGGGGUCGGCUACACAAUUCAGUUUUUCAAAGACAUUUUAAGCAACAAAAUCAUUAUUAAGGCUGCCCAGUCUGGGUGUGAAAAAGAAUAUUCGUAUAUUUAUCAGCUGAGUCUUAACACAAAACAAGAAUCUAAAUUGGUACAGUUUAUUUCGCAAGAAAUAUUCCCGUUUAUUACUAUAAAAGAUGAAAAAAUUGUGUUGGAGUAUGGAAAAGUGGAAAACCAGGAAAAUGAGCUGAACAAUGAAAUAAUAAAUAAAAUGAAAAAAGUAAAGAAAAAUAAAGAAAAUUUGGUAAAGGCUCAUUAUAAGUUAUCAAAGCCAAGAUAUGAAUUAUUGACUGGAAAUCUAAUAAUUAGAGGCAGAAAAGUUUUGCAUAGAAACCCUUAUAUUAUCAGUAUAUACCUCCACAAGCGAAACCCAGAACUUUUCCGAGUUGAAGCCUAUCCUAUUAAACAGCUUCCAAUACCUCAGCCUUCUAUUUGAACAGUCAGUGAGAUCUGUGAAGCCCUUGACUUCUGAGAACCUACCGAAAUUUUUAAACAAAAACUCAAUCUUCUCCAUUAUGUCGAUAUUCAAGGCGGAAAAGUAAUUUUUACUGAAAGACCUAUAAAUUGGGCGCGCCAUUAGCAUGCCCUUAGAGCUCAGCAUAAACAGAAAGAGAGCCUAUUAGCUUUUGGGCCGUAUUCUAACUAGCCAAACUCGAUUUGGCCAAUGCAGUCAUAUGGUUUAGUUUUGCCAAUUAAAUUUGGCUUGUCAGAAUAGAGCAGAGCUUAAUUUAUGCUCAGAGUAGCUCUGAGGGCACGCUAAUCUAGUGCCUGAGCUAUAUUGCAGGGCCUCAGCAUAAACAAUUAGUUUAUAAAACCACAAGAGUGCUUAACAACGGACACUCCUAUAAGCUUUACUUUUAUGAAGUCUUGGAAACCGAAAACUGAGAAGACUUUUUCAUAGAGGCAGAGCCUGAAAAUGAUGGCCCUGGUGUUACAAAAUAUUUGUCUGUAAACGGGGAUGAGCUAAAAAAAAUACUCGGCCUUGAAAAAAAAUUCGUGGACGAGUUCGAGCAGGUCGCAGAUUUUAUUAUUAUUGAAAGCUCAAGAGAACUCAGUCUAGUCACCCGUAGAAUAGUUGACUGUCCCGUAAUAGUAAUUAAUUUAUGCAAAGACGAGGUUGUAAAACCCAAAAAAAGUGAAAACAAAGUGGUGACCAAAGGCAGCACAACCGAAAUGUCUGAAGAAGAAAAAUUCGAAAUCAAAAGAAAAGCAGUAGAAUUAAUACAAAAAAACUAUAAAAAACAUAAAGAAACAGAAAUUUAUAAACUGAAAAAAUUAAGAGCAUUAAGAGAAGACAUAUCAUUUUUGCUUUCAAGAAGCAUCAGAAUUAUCAAUAAAAUCCCUUAUAUGGUCGAAUUCUACAGAACACAAAAGGUCGAUGUUUUGCUAGCCAUAAGAAAUAUGUAUGAUGACACAAUGUACGAGCAAGAAAUAACCAGCGAGGUUUUAAUAGUCACGAACGAUUAUAAAGCUAUCACAAAAGCCCUGACUUUUCACAACAAUAAAAUUGCAAUUCAGCGGUCAGCGGACGAUUUCUUCCAUAUAGAACCUUGUGAAGAAGACGAAGUGCAUGUAAACCAUAAAGCAAUUAAAAACCAUGCAAAAAAUGCAUUGAAAAUCAAACUGCUGGAAAGGACCAAAAAAAUUGGGGAGUAUGACUACCAUUUAUUGGUCUCUGAAGACCCACAAGGGUAUAAAGUCGAUUUGCGGGCUUUUGCUAAGCCUAGAAAAGGAGCUUGGAAGUUCUCAAAAAUAUUUUCAGCUGAUGAGCUUGUACAGAAAUAUGGGAGAAAAGAUAUGGAGGAUAUAUUUAAAAACGCAACAAUUCAUAGACAAGAACUGAUACUGACGUCACCAAAAGCUGGACAACAACAGCAACAGCAGCAGCUGCUGGAGCAGCAGGAAGAGAGCUAUGAGAAGCCGAAAAGAAUGAAAAAAGGGUUCCAGUCAGAAGUUUUUAGGACCUUAUCAGAUGACUGCAUAAUAAUUACUACUGAAAAAGAGUACAGAAAUAAACCAUAUAAAAUCAAAGUCGGGAAAAUUGAUGAAGGAACUGGACAGCUUGUCUUUGAUAUAGUUUCUUCUUUACCACCUAUAUAUUAUUGUUGAGAAGAUCCCUGCAACUCCGCAUAGGCGUUUAUUUCUACCUUAAAUUGUCAGCCACGAUCUAUUCUGGGCUCCUCCUUUCGGUCUACGUUGCCUUCCAGAAAAUUCAAAAAUCGAGCUUUCGGCUAAUGAUUGAAAAAGCAAGGACGUAGCGCCUGGCAUUACACUAGAUGAUUGUCCCGACGGAUCUAUUGGUAUCCUAGGUGUUGCUAGUUCCUAAUUGAGCUCCAUCCCAAAUUGGAAAACUAACUGUGACUUGCUUCAGGCUCGGAAUUAUUCAUCUGAUGUCGAUCACAUCCCUGGCCGGAAGCCUUACGUGGCACACAUAUUCCGACGCCCCUUGCACAAGGUCCCAAGCCUAAUUUUAGAUCCCAGCUGUAGAUAUUUAGAGAUCAUGCAAAUCGUCUCGCAAUAUUAUGUAUAUUUACCACCAAUAGUCAGAAAACAAAUUGCAAUAGACAUCGCUAAAGCUUCCGAAAAACUGGAGGUUGGGAUUGAAUGAAUUGUUCCUAUGGCAAAAUAUAUCCAAAUUUUAUAUGAAUAUUUUCUCUUUAUAUUAUACUCGUAAAAUUCAAUUAAAUUCAGAAUAUAUUAAUGAGAGGUCUAGAAGUCGACGAUUUUAGCAUUAAAAUGAAUUUAAACCUGCCAAACUUCAAUUUGAACACCUUGGUCACCAAAAUCCAAAAAUGAUGGAGAGGAUACUGAACAAGAAAACACAAAUCAAGGCACAUUUACCAAGGACUACGGUGUAUCACAGUAGCCAAGCGAAAAUUAGAUGACAGAGACUACUUAAUAUACGCAUAUCUGCAAGGCUCAAAAAUCAGAAUUGAAGCCCACCAUUCGCGCUCUGUGCUUGUUUUGCAUAUAGAAAAUAACAGACUUGCCCAACUUGGAGAUAGUAUUACAAGAAAACAAAUUUUAGAAAAAAUCAUAAUUCCAAGCUUAUAUGUAGAAGAACAAGGAAAUGUAUAUAAGCUUUGCAUAGAAGAAAAAGUGAAGGUUUCCCAGAGGAAUAAUAAUAUUCGUAGACUGGAAACUCCGGACCCAGUAAAGCCAAAGGCAAAUUUUUUAUAUCCUUUGAACCAUAGAAGGACAAUUUCUAAUACAGAAACAGCAUUUACUACACAUAGUCCAACAGCUGAUGGGGACUCAAAAAGAACUCCGAGAAGCCCAUUGCUCCAAAAUCCUUCGAUGAAAUAUCCGCUGCUACUGAGGACAGGGAAAUUUGAAGGGAAAAAAUAUUUUAUUAUUUCGAUUUAUUUGGUGGGGGGAGGAGUUUUGAUUGAAGUAGAAAAUACAAGGGCAAACAGAAAAGGAUAUUUUGAAAAUAAAUGUGAAAUACCGACGGAUUCGAGGGUUUUAGAUAGCUUUUGCUGCGAUCUUGCGGAAAAAGUGAUAAUAGAAGAAGAUGAAAGAGAAAUCAAAGUAAAAAUUGCAGAAAAAGAAACAUAA